AUGCAGGAAGACUGGUGCCAAGGAGACGACAUAGACGAUGACUACAACUCACUGAUAGAGAAACUGAAGGAGUGUUUAAGGAAGGCUAAGGGAGUAUGUCUAAGAGAAAAGAAGGGAAGAAUCUCGGAAGAAACUACGAAGUUACUCAAGAAGAGGAAAAAUAUGAAGAGGACUAUUGAAGAUCACCUUGAAUAUUCCAUUCUCAGCAGAGUGAUUCGUGAGCAACUAAAGAAAGACUUUGAGGCAUACUGGAUGGAGAAGCUCUUGAAGGCCGCAGAGGAAAAGAAGAGCCUCAAGAAAUGCAAGAGGGACAUGGUACUAUAUAGAUCGGAGGUGACGGCCCUGAAAAAUACAGAUGGAAUACCGGUCAACGAGAAGAGCGAGAUGGAAAAAGUUUGUGAAGACUUCUACACCAAGCUCUUUAAGUCUACCAGAAAUGUCCAGCCGUUACCACCACUCCAACAGGAAGAAAACGUGCCACCUAUCCUUGUCAGUGAGGUUGAAAGAGCCAUCGGCUCGAUGAAAAACGGUAUAACAUCAGAGGUGCUAAAGUCAGGCAGAGAGCAGCUCUGGAAAAUCCUCGCUGAGCGAUUUACGCACUAUCUAGACGAGGGAAGAAUUCCCUCGCAGUGGAAAGAGUCAAAUACCAUCCUGCUGUAUAAGAAGGGCGACAGAGAAGAUCUAAAGAACUACCGACCCAUAUGCCUGCUGUCUCAUGAAGAUAAUUCUGAACAGGUUGUCACGUCAUCUCGACGAACAACAACCGAGGGAGCAAGCAGGCUUCCGGAAGAACUACAGCACAAUGGACCAUAUAUUUGCUCUAACGCAACUGCUUGA